AUGAGCUGGGCUAAGAAAUACCUGUUUUGGAUCUUCAAGGGGUCCAAAAAGUCCAUUGUUGAUCGAUUGGAGGACAUCGAUGAUGAAAUUUUGGAACUGGAAAGUGAUCGAUCAAGCAGUAUAGACUCAGAAAAACAGUUCGUUUUCCGACUGCUUUUCUACUCAUUCAUAUUCUUUGGCUUGAGUUUUAUAACGGUUUAUUACUACUACUGGCCAAGAACAGUAACCGGGAAGGUGGUGAUAUGUAUGAUAUUUGCUGUAUAUCCUUUUUGUAUAUAUUUCCUGAAGUAUAUUUUUCGGAUGAUGUUUACUAGACGCGUAAAUAAGACGAAUGAGAAACUAAAAAGGCUACGGGCUGAUAAACAAAAAUUGUUAGAAGAGGUGAUGGAAAAGGAGACGUUCAACAAGGCCCAACAAAUCCUCAAACGUUUUGAUCCAUUAACAUUUGCUUCGAUAACUGUUGAGGAUAAGAAAGUCCCCAAACCGGUUUUUGGAUCGAUGAUUAACCUUGGCACUCCCCACUCUGAAGUACGCCGUAGGAAUAAUUCGGGGGAUAAACAUUUAACUCAAGGAUUAUUAGGUCCAAAUUUAACUACACAGUCAAGUACCCCUAUGCUCGGGAGUAAUCAAACACCAUGUUCUAAAAAACCGCGGUUAUUAAGACCGCUUUUGCCUAGAGAACGUUCAAUUAUUGAUAAAGUUUUAGAUGCAUUAGUUGGCGAUGGUCCUGAUAAACGAUUUGCUCUGAUUUGCAAUGAAUGUUCAUCACACAAUGGAAUGGCACUACAAGAAGAGUUUGAAUAUUUAGCAUUUCGAUGUUGUUAUUGUAAUCAUUUUAAUCCAGCACGUCGUACACGAUUGAAGACUGAAUUAUCAACCGAAAAUAUAGAAAACACCAAUGAUUUGACAAAUAAUUCAAAAACAACACCUUAUUUCCAAUCGACUAAAUCAAAUGUUAAAAGAAUGAAAGAAGGCAUCAAAAGUUCAAAAAAUAGUUUGUAUAGUCAUGACAGUGAUAAUGAUAGUGUUCUUGGUAAUGAGACUGUAGUUUGUAAUCCUCAUGAAAUUUUAGCCAAUGAAUUUAAUGAGCAAUCUAAUUUAAAAGAUGAUGGUAAUGUUGAUACGUUUAAAGAAACCACAGAAUAG